UAUGAUACAAUUAGUGGUAGGGUCCUAGCAUGGCGUUCUAUGUGUUUAGGAUCGAUUUUCUUUCAGUGAACUAAUUGAAUUAUUUUCCGUUCUAUCCAAUAUUCCAUGACUGGUGUUAUUUUAGUAAAUUCUUAAGUACGACUCAGUACGUACAUACUAGUCUAAAAAUAGUAUUCAAGGACGAUAAUUAUAAAGCGAUGUCUGUUAUUAAAUGUAUAUUUUUUAGUGAGUUUCACCCAAAAGCAGGACCAAAGAUCACCUAUCAGGUGCCAGAAGACUUCAUCAUCAAAUUUGAAAGCAUUCAGAUCUACAUCAUCACCAAACCUGAACUGAAGAACAGAUUGAUUACGAUCAAUGCUUUGGGAUACAAGUUUGUUGGCUGCCCAGUGGUGAUCGAUGACGCUAAGUAUGCGAGAAAUGCCCUGAUUUUCAAUCUCUGUUUUGUCUUUGACAAAGACACACCCACCUGUAAUUACGGACCUGUUGUUAAGAAAUUAGCGGCUUAUUUGACUCAGUUGGAGCUUGAAAGCGACUUCCUGAGUAACGACAAUAAGAGACAACAGAUUCCUAACUUCCUGAAGCAGGUUCUCACCGGACUCAACAAGAAUGGACACUGCAGCAUUCCUAUGGGUGAAUCUUGCACCAUCCAUCUGAAAGUUGCUCCAACAAUCUCACAUCCUCCUCAAGUUCAGGACCAUGACGUCCCCAUCCUGGUGGAUGACAAGGAGAAAGUCAUGGAGUAUCCCUGGGAUCUUACAACACAGCAGGUUCUACAUUAUGUUGAUGGGUUUUCCCACAUAGCCAAGAUGGCGGCAGAGGCAGACGUAGAAAUCAACCUGGUGAAGGCUUGCAUCCAGAACCUUAUCCACUAUCAAGUAGUUCAAAUGGUCUCCAUAUUUCAGUAUUCCAACAUGUACACGGUGACUCCAAAGAUAAACCGCUUGGCUGAAGAUAAAAGUCUGCAGUCAGAGUGUAUCCAGUUUGUAGCUAGGAAAUCUCACAGACUUCCUCUGUAUCGCGAUGUCUUCAUGUUGUACUGCAGUCUGUCACCGGGGACAACCGUCAAGGAUCUCUGUUCUAGGUACAACCCACACGCAUUGAAAAUUGAUGAGAGAAAACUGGUCCAGUUUGGACUGAUGAAGGGUAUCAUUCACCGUCUACACAGCUAUCCAAUCAAACUGCCCAGUGAAGUGGGAACUGCAUCCUUACCUCCAUCUUACCGCUGGUUUAAUGGCUGCCACAGUUUUGAUGAAAUAUGCUGUAAAAUAGGAAUAACGCAUCAAGAUCUGGAGAAGAUCGAGAAUGACCCCAAUGUAGUGGUGUGCUCGAAGUGAUUCUAUAGCCCAGCAAUCACUUGACCCGAACACUCCAUGGCAUUACAAGAUGUUACUAGGCUGGUUUUGGUGCUUAAUGUUACAUGUUUGUGACUGGACAGAAACUUGUCAGAUCAUUAGUGGGUGCUUGCAGUAUAGGUAGCAUUAUACCAAAUAGCAUCUCACCGGGUCAAAGUUCAAAGUACACCUCACCAUCUGUGAUAUGUCACAGGACUUGUUGUAAAAUGUUGCGUUAUCAAGCCAGUAAAUUGCUGGAAUUUAAUUUGAAGUAGUAUCAUUGUAACAGAUACUACUGUGCUUGAAACAGGUGAUUUCAUCUCCAACGAACAUUCACUGCUGUUGUUUGAAAUAAACUCAGGCCAGUAUACAACAUAUUGCAACACUACUGUAACUGUCAUGUUCCUUAAAACAAAAUUGCAAUAAUAUGUAACAGAUGUACAGUUAAACCUGUGUUAAACAGCCACCAAAGGGAGGAUCAAAAAGUGGCCUUUUAACACAUGUGGCUUCUAAAUACAGGUGGCCACUUGAGCAGGUUUGACUAUAUUUAUGUAUCUUAUGAAAAAUCCAAGCAUGUAUUCACAUAACAUGACAGCAUAUUUCCCCGUGGACUGACAAAAAGGUUCAUAUAUACAUGUACAUGAAAUGUUUGAUUAAAAUUUCAACACAGGUUUGUGUAAUUAAGCAUGUCUAUGGUGUGGCUUAUCAAUUGUAAUUAAAAUAUAUUGUUACUUGU